AUGAAUGGAAAUACAAAUGGGAUCAAUAGCGAAACCAAUUCACCUGCCUCAAAUUCAAUUCUUCGAUCAAGUCGAUCAGCUUCACUUUCAUUCGAACCCUUUCAAUCUCCUCGUACUCCUCCUUCUUUCAUUCAAGAUCUUUCUUCAUCACCUCCUUCAAAUUCUUCUAUCGGUCCACAUGCUGCUUUUGUCUUAUUGGCUGAAUUCGAUAUUGAUACUGGUUCUGGUCUUAAACAUCAAUAUCCACGUCCUACUGGAACUUCAGAACAUAUGUUGGCAGAUUUGAUGUUACCAGAUGGAGCUCAUGAUCGAACAGAAGAUUGGACAGUUUUCUUUCUAAAUCAAACUCCAAGAUUAACCAUUGAAAACGAUUUAUCUACAUCCAAAGAAGAAAUCUUAAUCACCGAUCCUGAUAAACCAGACGAAUCUGAAACUCAUCUUUCACCUAAGAAAUCAUCGAUACUUAAUGAUCCAUCUACUCCUAAUCUUGAUUCAAAAAAACCGGAUCAUGAUGAUGAUGAUGAUGAAAAGAAUGAUGAUCUUGAAACAAAUGAGAGUAAGUUACUUUAUGUGAUUAGUUUGGUACGUACUAAGAAAGAUAACACAGUACGCAGAGGUGCUAUUUGUAAAGCAAUGGCAGUCUGUUCUCCUCACCCUUAUAUUCAAAUCUUCAAGCCGAUUCUUUUGCUUGCUCUCGAAGAUUACUUUGUCAAUCCAUCUAUCGAUUGUCUUGCGAAACUCUAUGAUGCACUUAAUACGAUGGACAUCAGUGGCAUGCCUCGACUCUCUCAUUUCGAACGUAUGAUCCUAAGGUGUUCAGAGCGACCUGAUAUGUUUGAAGAAAAGUUUUCAUUCCCUACCCUCGAUUCGAGUGAAGUCUCACCCCACUUUGCAUCUAAUCGAAAUAGUCAUGCGAACCUUGGUUCACUUUCAUCACCUCCUUUGCCUUCGAGUGCUAGUAUGAACAAACGACUCAGUGGUCCUCUUUCUCCUCAUCCUCAACCCAUGCCAUCUUCCUCUUCGUUCAUUCUCUCCAAUCCUUUGGUGUCUCAUGCUUUAGUUUCUAAUCCUUCUAGUUCUUCAACAGCUCCUAAACGUCCAAAAGAUACCCAUUUCUAUGAUACCAAGAUUAAUUAUUCGGGUAAAAGUAUUCCGGUUCGAAUCCCACUUCAAACCUUUCCUGAAGAAGUUGGAGAAUAUUCUUUAAUCCAACUCGUUCAAACGUUUUCUUCUCCUAAUGCACUCAACUAUAACGGUCCCUUACAUCCUCAUUUACAUACUAGUGGUGUUCUCACCCAUCCUAUCAUUCUCCUCUUCAACGCACUCGUCACUCAAAAACGUAUCAUGUUCUUAGGACACGGUUUACCUGCUGGGGUAGUCGCUCAGAUGGUCUUGGCGGCUUGUGCGCUGGGGAGUGGAUGUGGUGGUGUUUUGGAAGGUUAUGCAAGAAGAGCGUUUCCUUAUUCUAAUCUAACGAUUUAUGAAGAUUUCAAAGCUGUUCCUGGUUAUAUAGCUGGUGUUACAAAUCCGAUUUUCGAAUUACACACAGAAGCAUGGGACGUGUUUUGUAAUAUUGAGACAGGCAAGAUUACGAUUUCGAAAGAUAUUACAAUGUCUUCUCAACCCAUGAGAUCAUUUUCGCCUAUCCCACCUGAAAGAUCUUUAACUGAAAUGACCUUAACUACUGGAGUUGCAUCUACUAAUUUGGCUAAUAGUACCACUAAAAGCGACUCAGUGGAUCAUAGUUUUAUGGAUGAUAUUAUCUCAGCUAUUACUUCACAUUUAGGUGAACCGAUCAUCCGAGCAAGGUUUACAGAUUAUGUGAGUAGGUUUGUAAGAGUAGCCUCUAGAUGGGAAGAAGAUCAUUUGGGUACAUCUUCAAUUGCACCGAAUACGAAACUGUUUACGAUCCCAUCGACUUAUUUGAAUACCAACACUUUGGAAGAGAAGAUUGAGAUGUUGGGGUCGGGACCGGUCUUUGCGGAUGAAGUGUUGAUGAAACGUGAGCUGAGUGCUAAUUCGGCUAGGAUCGAAGGGUGGAGAGAGACUAGAUCUUAUCAAUUACAUUGUCAGAGACGUGCACGUGGAACAAAUACGAAUUUUGGGUUUGAUGCUCAUCAUCAGUUAAGUCGAUUAAGGAUGUCACAAAGGAUAUCGGAAGUUGAAGUUCAAGCUAUGCAUGAAGUCUUGGUAGCAAAAGUUCAAACUCAUCAAGAAAUCAUUGAGAUUCUUUCAUAUGCACCGCAUUACCUAGGAGGACUUUCACCCUUCACAUAUGGAUUAUUUCAUUCAUCUGAAAUCAUUAGAUCAUUAUGCGUUGAAUUCAUUAGAAGAAUCGAAUCACAUCCGACUGGACAAAAGUUUUUUCAAGGAUUAAAUACGUUUCAUAAGUUAGCUUAUCAAAGGUUAGCUCAUUAUAUGUAUAAACGAAUCUCAGGUAGUUUUUUGGUCAAUUCCAAUACCAAUACCAAUACCAAUGGGAAUUCAAAUGGGGUCUUGUCGAAUUAUGGAUCUCCUAAUCUUUUACAACAGUCACAGAUGGGGAAUGGGACUGGAGGUGGGGGUAAUGAGUAUGAGGUUCAAGAUCAAAGUGAGGUGAUGGAACAAAGUUUAUUUGAUAAAAGACAUAGUGGUAGUUAUGUGAUUUUUGAAGAUUGA